AUGGGUCUGUUCGAGUACCUGUCGAGUGCCCUCUCGGUCGCCGUGGAGCUAAACUACUACGUGCUAGGCGCGGGCGCUCUGUACCUCCUCGCGAAGAUCGUCGAGUUCAAGGCUAUAUCCAGAUUCGGAUCCGGCGAUGAGCUCUUCGCAAAGCGCGUCAGGCCAGGGUACUCGCUGGUGCUUGACCUCGACGGCACGAUUUUGCAUUCCGUCCAAACGAGGGGCAACAACACCACGUCGUCCAUCGCCCUAAAUGUUGGCAAACGAGUUCGCCACUUCGUGGUGUACAAGCGUCCGCAUCUGGACACCUUCCUGAUGGAGAUGCGCAAGCGCUACGAGAUCGUGCUGUACAGCGCGUCGCAACCGCUGUACGCAGACGCGUGCCUGAACUACGCGUGCGUCAACCACCUCUUCGACAGGAAGCUCUAUCGCAACGACUGCAUCGUGGGCCACGGCGGCGCGUUCGUGAAGGACCUCUGCAAGAUCAACAGCGACCUGUCGAAAGUGGUGGUGCUGCAGAACCCGCUGCAGUCCAACGCCCACAUUUCCGCGAACAGCCUGUUCAUAGACAGCUGGUCCGGCGGCCGGCACGACACUGCGCUGCUGGACAUCAUGCCCCUGCUGCAAGCGCUGAGCCACGUGGACGACGUGCGCCACAUCUUGGCGUUGCGCCGCAGCGGUCAGCCGGAGUUUUCCCAACGCAGCGUGACACCGCAGGAGAAGCUCAGCGACUCCGCCGCCACGCCGGGCGAGCCGUUCAGCGCGGCCGGGCGCGCUGAGAUCCUGGGUGAGCUGCAGAACUGGGACAACAUCGGAGCUCGCCUGACAACGCGGGUCAAGCGUAUCUUCGACACCAUGGGCCCCGAUACCACGCUGCACAUGCCCGCGCCGAGGGACGGGCCGCCGCGGUUUAACAAAAAUAAUAAGUAG